CGAAUGACAGCGUUGACAAGAUGGCGGAAAGCAAGGCAGAGAAAUGAGGGUGACAACACAUUCUUAUUAGUUGCGACCCGUGGCUGUGCGCGUGUUUUGGUUGCCCGUAGUCGGAAAGUAGCAGGGUGCAGGCCAGUAUAGUCUAUCUUGGCCACAGAGAGGAGGUGAAUUGCGGUGCAAAUGCUCCCGUUACUGGUUUCUGUUGGGGAAAUCCUUUGCGCAAGGAUCACAGCCAAGCAACUCUGCUGACAAUUUAGCUUACCAGCUAACCACCUAGCUUCCAAACAUAGCUAGAAGCAGACAUAGCUGGCUAAGCUAACGUUUCAGCUAGCCAGCUACAUUGGUGAAACCAAUGCACUUGUAAAAAGAUUAUGAGUGUGGAUAGAAGAACGGUCUACUGCGGAUACAUGCUUGCAUCGGGAAAACGGCGCUUGGCAUCUAUAUUUUGAAUAGUUAUUUUCUUUAGAUAUCCUUUGAACUAGUGUUUGGGCAAGUUUGUAUGGUUAGCACAGGAAAGAAGCCCGAAGUGCGGUGCUCCGAUGAGGCAUUUUGCUGACUACCGGAGUUCGGACCAGGUGAAUGUUUGUAAACAGCGCUGACUACCGUUAGCUAAGUUAGCCAAGGACUAUUCGUACUCACAGCACGGCAAAUUGCGGACCUCCAAGCCGUUUGAAACAACCCUUUCCUGUAUUUUAAGUGGCUCGAAGCAAACGCUGAUCACUUUGUGAAAGUUCCCUGACGACAUGGCUCACUCCCCGGUUCAGGGAGGCAGUUUGCCGGGGAUGCAGAGUCUGAGGGCAGACCCGGAGGAGCUCUUCACCAAGCUGGAGCGUAUCGGUAAGGGUUCGUUCGGCGAGGUCUUCAAGGGCAUCGACAACCGCACGCAGAAGGUGGUGGCCAUCAAGAUCAUCGACCUGGAGGAGGCCGAGGACGAGAUCGAGGACAUCCAGCAGGAGAUCACCGUGCUCAGCCAGUGCGACAGCCCCUUCGUCACCAAGUACUACGGCUCCUACCUGAAAGACACUAAGCUAUGGAUCAUCAUGGAGUAUCUGGGUGGUGGAUCGGCCCUGGACCUGAUGGAGCCAGGGGCGUUGGACGAGACUCAGAUUGCCACGAUCCUCAGAGAGAUCCUAAAGGGGCUGGAGUAUCUCCACUCAGAGAAGAAGAUACACAGAGACAUCAAAGCGGCGAACGUGCUGCUGUCGGAGCAGGGCGAGGUGAAGCUGGCGGACUUCGGGGUGGCGGGUCAACUGACCGACACGCAGAUCAAGAGGAACACCUUCGUAGGAACGCCAUUCUGGAUGGCACCCGAGGUCAUCAAACAGUCCGCAUACGACUCCAAGGCUGACAUCUGGUCUCUGGGCAUCACGGCGAUCGAGCUGGCCAAGGGGGAGCCCCCCCACUCGGACCUGCACCCCAUGAAGGUGCUGUUCCUCAUCCCAAAGAACAACCCCCCCACGCUGGAGGGCAGCUACAGCAAGCCCCUCAAGGAGUUCGUAGAGGCCUGCCUCAACAAGGAGCCUAGCUUUAGGCCGACAGCCAAAGAGCUUCUGAAGCACAAGUUGAUAGUGCGGCAUGCCAAGAAGACGUCCUACCUGACGGAGCUCAUCGACCGCUACAAGCGCUGGAAGGCCGAGCAGUCGCGAGAGGAGUCCAGCUCAGACGAGUCCGACUCGGAGCAGGAUGGCCAGGCGUCAGGAGGCAGUGGGUUCGGCAGCGAUGACUGGAUCUUCACCAUCAGGGAGAAGGACCCCAAGAAACUACAGAAUGGAGCCAGCCAGGCCGGAGGAACAGAGGAGGAGAGUCCCAAAAGGCCUUUAUCCCAGAGCCUGUCCACCAUCAUAUCUCCUACUUUUGCUGAGCUGCAGGACAGAGGGGAUGGGUGUGUGAAGCCGGAGUGUGUGGAGGAGCUGAGGGCGGCCAUUUUCCUGGCUGAGGAGACCUGUCCCGGAAUCUCAGACGCCAUGGUAUCGCAGCUCAUCACCAGGAUGCAGAGAUUCUCAAGGCCAAGAACAUCAUCAUCAUCGUCAUCAUCGACUUCUCGUCCCUGAUUGGUGUUGUGGAGCUAUCCAUCACCCCACCACACCACACCACACAGGAUUCCUCCUCCCGCCCCCUCCUAAAUGUAACCAAUAAGAUGCGAGAGAGGAGAGGAGAGGGGAGGAGAGGAGAGGAGAGGAGAGGAGAGGAGAGGGAAGUCGGUUCAUGUUGAAGUCAGUUAUGCGUCUUGAGGGGGGAUACCACCAGGUGUUUUUCAGUCACGGAGAGAAUUUAGAACAUCUGUCAGAUCAGAAGGCCUCACAAAGCGUUUCCAUUUCAUAGUCAUCCUUUUUAUUUCAAUAUGUGUGUGUGCGUGUAUGCGUGUGCGUGCGUGUGUGUUUUUCUUCGUGGGUGCGUCUGCUUGAAGGAGAGAUAGGAGUGUUAGCUAGCAAGCUGGAAGAAGUGUCAUUGCCGCCAUGGCUAGUGUUCAUAGAACCUCUAUACAGUGUGUGUGCGUGUGUGUGUGUGCGUGUGUGAGAGAUAAAGUAUGGGAUGAGGGAUGCAUGCCUGUUUCGUUGGUUUGAUGCUGUCAGUCACACUAGAGAACCACAUGAUGUGACCCUCCCUUUCAGGUCACCAAACAUUUCAAACUAAAACACACUCACAAGCAGACAUACAAGUCCGAAAAUAGACGUACACACAUACGCUUUCACACACAUACCCACACAUACACACAUACCGCCAAGCCUUGGAGAGCAUGCGUGGUUCAGAGAGGUUGUAGAGAGGUGUAUGUGUGUGUGUUUGUGCGUUCGUUCAUUUUGAGUGCAAGUUUGGGCGUGUGAAGUAGCGAGCAGGCGAGUGCAUGAGCUACAGUAGGCUAAACCCCCCCUAUGCUACAGAGGAUUGCAGCAUUCUCACUGAAAACUCAGGUAACCUGCAUUGAGCGACAAGUCAUCCAGGGGGACAGGGGGCGCUGUUUUUGGAUUUGUGUAUAAAUCUGUAUAUAGGCUCAGUUUUACAGAGGUUUAAAGACAAAAUGAUGGAUUUUGUUUUUGUUUUUCUUUCUUUUUUGCAUAAAUGAGUCACUGUGUACAGGCAGUCCAGUGCUUCUGUAGAUAUUGUUAGUAAGAGAGAAGUUAAAGAGAAAGAUGAAUAUUUAAAAAAAACAAUUACGUCACUUGAAUGGCCAUUACUGAAAUUGCCUUGCCUUUUUAUCAAAAUGUACAUUUUUUUGGUGUUCAUUUAAUUUUAAUAAAAAUUUUAAAUGAGAACAGAA